CUAUCAAUGAACACCGUCGGAGCGACAUCGCUAUGAAGAAGCACGUGGGAAUUUUCAUCGCGGUGUGAAGUUGUGAGCAAUGUUUACAUGCGCAUCGCGUUAUGUCGCUGAUGUUCAGUUUGUGGCAUCUACACAGGUGUAUAUAAUCAAAAUUCAGUUUGAGCUAGGUCUUACGUUAAUUAUGGCCCGCAACAACGAAACUGCGAUCGUAAGCGGCUGUACGUAAACAGUUCAAGAUCGAAGGCCGACAUGGCCACCAUGGAGAGCGAAGAAAGCAUGGACAUAAUAUUAGUAGAACGUGAGCCUUGUCACGAUGAAAUCGUGCUGAAGAAAGGUUUUACUGCACCAGAUGACGCAGUGACAUCUUCUGUGGCCACUGUUUUGGAGGAAGACGACGUUGAAAUCGUCCAAGAUGUGACAUCUUUUAUCCUUAACCAUGUGGCGGAAGUGGGAGAUGACGAAGUUUCAAUUGUUCGAGAUAAAUCGGAAGAAAUUGUGUGCAUCGCGGACGAGACAAACGGAGUAAGCGGUGGAGAAGUGCAAGCGCGUCAGCAAACGAAUGUAGUCGCGUCGUGUGACGUUGAAAUCCUCACAACAGCCCGUCUGGUGCCCUACCGGGACGACGCGACCAGCGACUCCGAUACCGAAAGCGACAGUGAGACGACGUCCAGCGAUUCCGAUAGCGACAGUGACACGACGUCCGACGAAAGCAGUAGUUCUAGCAGCGAUGAUGAUGUGGUCGUGGUGAAUGCAAAACCCGGAGAGAAACGAAAGACUUCGUCAGCGAUGCAACAACCUCAAAAAUGUUUAGGUAUAAAGACACCAGGUGAACUGGACAUUACCGAUUUGCCUCCGAUAGAAGACUUGCGUAUAACGGUUCCCAAAGAAGAGCUUCAUCCGGUUGGAAGGGUUUACAACAUGGUGGACCAGCUCCUGGUGAUCGAGUCCAUAGUUGGACAGCCUAUACUGGAUCUGGACUCUGUUCUCUUUCGAACCGGUGGCGAACCAAUCGGACAAGUGUUCGAUGUGUUUGGCCCAGUGAGCCAGCCCUAUUACGUCAUCAGGUUCAACAAGCCCGAAGACAUUGCGGAAAAGAAGUACGAAAAAGGGGAACCCGUGUACUACGCGCCACUGCAUGCAGACAUGACACAGUACGUAUUCGUGUCGGAACUAAGAAAGAUUAAGGGGUCGGAUGCUUCCUGGGAGCACAACAAUGAGCCGCCACCGGAACACAUCGAUUACUCCGACGACGAGCAGGAGAGGGAGGCUCGGAGGAAACGUAAGGGAGCCCAGAAGGAAACGGGAAAUGUCUGGAGGAAGACGGACAACUCCACCAAAAGCCGGAGCGAAACGAACCUCCUCGGUUCUCGGAAGCCAGGUUGCGCGGACGCAGCUCCGAAAAGGCAGUUUCCAGUUGGCCGAAGCCAGAACAUGUCGGCAGGAAGCAGGCCGCACAGCCCCGACGUUCGAAACAGCGGGCCGACAUUCAGGCCGGACGCUCCAAACGGACAGCAGAGCCCGCAUUCGUGGCACCCUCCGAGGAACGUUCCACCGUUCCCUCCGCCACGGAUUCCGCUUCCGCGGUGGAUGUGUUCGCCGCCUCCCCAGUUUGGAUCUCCUUGCCGGUGGCCCAACGGGCCAUCGCCGGAUGAUCAACAGAGGAUGAGGCAGCUGUGGAGCAGCCCUCCGCCUCCGAUUGGUCCGCCCAGUAACGGCUACCCGGGCGGACUUUCGGGUUCACCCUGGAGCAUGGGGCCGCCGCCUCUUCCGCCUCCGCCCAUUUCUCAUGGAGGUCCCCCAGUUUGGUCCCAGCUGUACGACCCGGUUCCGGACCUGCAGCGGAUCUUAAUGACGCCGCCACCCCCGCUUCCGUGAUUAAUUUUGUCGUAAUGUGGGCAUGUUUUAACUAUUUGCGCGGUUGUACAGUACAGUUCAUCGUGGAUUGUGCCGUCUUUUAAUGUCACUGGUACGGAUUAAGCUGUUUUAUCGCAGCGAAGUUGUGUGCUGUACCAAAAGUAAUGUAAAAGGGCACGUUUUUGGUUGUAGUUUCUUUCCUUUAACCUUUAUUCAGCGUUAACGUUUGGUCCCUGUGCACUCUGCCGUACAGGCUCCAGUCCACCCUGUAAAAAUGUACUCCCGACAGACAAAUCUCGAUUGUUGUACAUAGAUAGAUCAUAGCCAAAAUAAAUUUGUACAUAGCACA